CCAAUUAAUUUAUAAUGUGUAUAUUGUUCUUGGAAGGUGUGAUUGUGACCUCUGCUGUGUGAUCUACCUGUACCUAUAUAAGGCGACCGUCUAAUAGUCUAUAAAGAGACAGUGAUUAUAUUGCUAGCUUAUUUAUAGGUUUAAUACACAGGGUAGAACUUUUUCUUUUAGUUUAAUAUCUACAAGACAACCAAGGAUAGUAUGAUCAGGAUGACAGAGCAGCACUCUGCAGUAGUGGAGACUCCUCAAAGAGGAAGCAAGCUCAAAAUGAAGAUAGCCUCCUUGAGAAAAAAGCAACCUCCCAAACCAACAUCUGAUUUCUUCUAUGGUCGUGACCUGACAGCAAUCCCAUGCAAGGCCAUCAAGCAAUGGCUUCCCUCGGUCCUUGCCUCACACACUGGACCCAAUGCAGGUCUCACUAAACUGGACGUUGAUUCUAACACAGACCCUGAGAUCACCACCGAAUCGCUCGCAGGCACAAGAGACUGGAACAUGCCCUCGGAAUAUGCGUAUGGUAUCUCGCUGUCUCUCUACGAGGAGGACACUACUAAAGCCAAGACUGUGAUAUCAGAUGGUGUUGAGACCACUAAACGCUUUAUAGUAGGAGAACCCAACGCUGAUGUAUUUGGGAUACAAGCUCGAGAGAACAGUUGCAUUCUUGCAAUGGCUGACGGUGUGAACUGGGGCAGGAAGAGUCGCCUAGCUGCUCGCUGUGCAGUGUAUGCCGUCAUGGAGCAUAUCAACUCAAAUCUACAACUCAUUCAAGAUCAACCAAACUCUCACACAAUCUCGCAGCUGCUCCUGGAUGCUGUCACUGUAAAAGCCCAUGAUCUCAUCAUGAAGAAACACGCCACGCUGACCACCCUGAGUGCAGCGAUCGUCUGUGAGAUGGAUAAGCCUGGAGAAUGGGGUCUGUUUGCUUGUUCUGUUGGUGAUAGCCCUGUCUAUGUCUACUGUCCACACACUCGGAAAGUCAUUGAGGUAACUAUUGGCUGUCACGACAAGGACGGUGGUAGGGACAUGCGAAUGGCAGGGGGCGUGUUGGGCCCAUCGCUAGGUAGCAAGCCUGAUCUUGCUAACCUGACAAUCAGCUAUCUACCCGUGUUUCCUGGAGACAUUGUCUUCUCAACAUCAGACGGAGUUUCAGAUAAUUUCACGAGCAAAGUGAUGCGUGGGUGUGAACCAGAAGGACUGUUGCCACCGGAAACUACUGUACCAUUGAGCAAUUGCUGUGAGCAUGUAUCGCACAUGACAACACGUCUCAGCGAGCAUCAGGAGAAGCUUAGCGAACAUUUAUCAGCACAGACUAUAGCAGCAUGCUUGAUUAAUCACACGGUCGAGAUCACUGAGAAGAAGAGACUGCUUAGGAGCGAUUGCAUUGAGAAGAAUAUUGAUUUGCGGAGAGAGGCACUUAAAAACCCCGAGUUUGCUGAUAAGUUAAAUGCAGCUGUUGGUAAAUUAGAUCAUGCUACAGUGGUGGCCUAUCAAGUUGGUCAGCACACGUCUUGAAACUGUGUUGUUUGUUUUGUAUUACAUUUCUGUUGAAAUCACUUCAUCAUUCUUUCUGUGUGCACACUCUAAAUGUACAGGUGUAUGUACUUAAUAUUGUUAUUGAUAUUGUUUGUCUUGUGAUCAAUCAUUAUCGUCAUAAACAACAAAGUGUUGAAAAUAA